AUGAGUACUAGUAUGUUGCCGCCAGGUCCGAAGACCAAACACAGCAAGGACGACGAUUAUCUUAGACAACAAUGGGCCAAGCAUCUGAACACGCAGUAUGAGAAUGAUGAGUCAUCCAAAGCUGGAGAAGACGCUGUUGUAGAGAGGAUUGUGGCUAGAGCCGGCGGCGACGGCAAAAAUACAAAUAAAGAACAGAUUGAAGAAACUUAUAGCAUCAUUAAACGUCGUACCGAUCCAACUUCUCUCAGGGCGACCGUUGAACAGGAAUACAUAGUGGCUGAAGCUGGCAAGCAUUUCGCUAAGUAUGGAGUAAGCAAACCCAGUGAUUUUGGGGCUGCUCAGCACCGGAUAUUUAUAGCACAAAAAGCUCUCAUCGAUGAUAUUGUCAGCAAGUACGGCGAGAAGUAUAAGGAGUUGUCUGCUAUUGGAAGCGUUUAUCUGCUGUACAAGAGGCCUUAUCCUGAAGCUGAAGAUUAUUUAGUGAAUAAAUGGAUGAGCUAUCGAAAUGAGGAGUUCGGAGACCGAUGGGACUCUCAUAGGAAGGGAGAUAGGGCAGAAGAGGAUAUCAAGCACUGUUUCGGUGUCGUCAAGAAUAGGGCGGAUAUCGAAAGAUGGUGUUUUGAGCACGCGAAAGGAGAUGAGCACACUGUUUACCCCAAAUAACCCCUCGGCUCAUUGAUGCGCGUCGCCUCUAGUUGUGUUGGAACUGCUUAAGAUUGAUUCGAGAGUUGUAAGUGGAAGACGAAUAUUCCUUUUGCUUCUCGUAUCUGAUAUGAGCUAACUAUAUCAGUACCAGUCACAACGGCGCCCAACAGAGCUUGGAUAUGGCAGUGGGGGAAUGUUUGGAACUUGAUAUUUCUUUUGUCAAGUCUUUAUCGUUGCUUUCGAAGUACUUCUACACAUCUGAUGUAGUUAGCUUCCACUUUGUACAUCGUUGGUUAGGGAUUCAGUGCUUGAACUGGUUUCUCGCAUUGGAUUCCGUUGAGUUUCAGGGCAGCUUUCGAAUGUUUGACUUGGAUUUGGAUGUUGGGACAGAAGUUCAUUUUCCGAAUGAGAUUUAG